AUGAGCGCCGCUGCGCCCGUCGAGAAGAAAAAGAAGCCGUCAGCUCUGCGCUCCAUUAUCGCCGGCUCAAGCGCUGGUGCUGUUGAGAUUGCCAUCACCUAUCCCGCCGAGUUCGCAAAGACCCGAUCCCAGCUCAAUCGUCGCCUCGCUGAAGGCAAGAAGCUACCAUGGCCGCCAUUCGGUAGUCAGUGGUAUGCUGGCUGCACUACUCUGAUCAUUGGAAACUCCUUGAAGGCUGGCAUUCGCUUUGUCGCUUUCGAUGCAUACAAGAACAUGCUCUCAAAUCCCGACGGCACUAUUAGCGGCCCUGCCACCGUCAUUGCUGGCUUCGGCGCCGGUGUGACUGAGAGUUUGCUGGCUGUCACUCCUUUUGAGAGCAUCAAGACUCAAUUGAUCGAUGAUCGCAAGGCCGCUCAGCCCAGGAUGAAGGGCUUCCUCCACGGUAGCAAACUCAUUGCCCAGGAACAAGGUUCAACCACUGAUGCUCUCUCACAGANNUACGUUACCAUGCCUCUGGAUACUGUCAAGACAAGAAUGCAGUCAAUCGAAGCAAAGACGGAGUAUAAGAACAGCUUCCAUUGCGCAGCGCGCGUAGUCAGGGAGGAAGGCUUCCUGACUCUUUGGUCUGGUGCUGUGCCUAGACUCGGUCGUCUCAUUUUGAGCGGCGGCAUAGUCUUUACCAUGUAUGUCCUUUGUGUUUCGUCCACGUAUGUGAUGCUGACAAUUUCUGUAGGUNAUGAAAAGACCAUGGACUUGCUCGACAAGCUGGACCCAGAGAAAAAAUAUCUAUGA